CUAGGCAGAACAGCUCUGUCCUUGAUACCUCGAGUUUCACCGCAGUUUGGGCGUCGGGGCUUUACCGCUGCCAGAGUGACGUCUUCGACUUUCUCUUCCCAGAUCUUGACGGAGCAGGGUCUGCGCGCGGCCGCCGGGAUGAAGCUGGUUCCCGUGGCCCUCAUGUACCUGGGCUCGUUCGCCUUCCUGGGCGCCGAUACCGCGCCGCUCGACGUGGCGACGGAGUUCCGAAAGAAGUGGAAUCAAUGGGCUCUAAGUCGUGGCAAGAGGGAACUUCGGGCGUCCAGCAGUUACCCCACCGGGCUCGGUGACGUGAAAGCCAGGACGGUGCAGACUCUCCUUCAUCCCCUGGACGUGAAGGACGCCUCUGGAAAUCCUCAGACCAGCGAUCCGGGCGCAGCCCGCCCCCGAGUCAAGCGUUACCAACAGAGGACUCAUCUCCAGCGCCCACGGGGCGUUGGCUGUCGCUUCGGGACGUGCACCAUGCAGAAUCUUGCGCAUCGGAUUUACCACUUCACCGACAAGGAGAAGGACUUUUCGGCUCCCCCAAUUAAAAUUAGCCCACAGGGCUACGGGCGCCGACGCCGGCGCGCUCUGCUGGUGGCCGGCCCGACCCGGACUCCGAAUCCCUCGGAGGCGGUACGCGAACGCCCGACCUCUCGGAGGCGUUGAGUGCCCGUCACCCUCUGUAGGAUUGAGGCGGCGGCGGUAGCAGCGAGCGGUCCCGCAUGCAUCCCGUUGACACCUCCCGGGGCUGAGGUCUUCCCGGAGCUAAGCCCCUUCCACCGACGGAGAUCCUGGCGCAACAGCCCUGGCAGCCACCGGCAGUCCGAGAAGCACCGUCCGGCGGCGGCGAGCCCCGACUUUGCAGGGGGCCCCCCUCUUGCUCCGAGACAAAGUUUCUCGCCCUAAUCGAGCCCAGAUGCCCCUGGGUGGCUGAAGAAUCCGAGGGAAUGUCUGCCAGGCUCUCCGAGAGGCCAAGCCGGGAAUUCUAUGCGGGGAUCCCUAGGGUCUCAGCCACUGCUGUGCCCGCCCACAAACUGAUUUCUCACGGGGUGUCACCCCACAGGGGCGCAAGCCUCACUAUUACUUGAACUUUCCAAAACCUAGCGAGGAAAAGUGCAAUUCGUGGUAUAUAAACAGAGGUAACUAUCAAUAUUUAAGUUUGUUGCUGUCAAGAUUUUUUUUUUGGGUAAUUUCAAAUAUAGAGAUAUUUUUGUACGUUAUAUAUUGUAUUAUGGGCAUUUUAAAGAAGUUGUAUUGUCCCUCUCCCCUCUAUUUUAAUAUGUGAAUGUCCAGCGAGGUGUAACGUUUGCUGCGUGAAGUGUGUGAGAGUCUGUGAGACUGAUUUACCUCUUGUGCAAGAAGGAAACCCCGUGUCUGUCUGUACAAUCUACAUAAAAUGGGUGAUAUGCGGAA